GCACGGUGCGGUGUCCCGAAUGCACGUCAAACCAUCGAUUUUUCGCGGGUACCUGCCACGUGAUUCCGCACCGAGUAUCACGCAGCACCAUACGAACAACGUUCGUUCACCGGUACCGAGUGGAACCCACCAGCCGACUCCGAUUAACUUCGGUACAUCGCUCGAUCGGUAGCCGCGACGUGCGACGCAGCGAGAUAGCGGUCCAUCGCGUCCAUUGGACAUCCGCAUUUCGAUAGAAUCACGCGCAUACAGUAUAGAUAUUCGAGAAAAUUUUACUGGAGAACGCACGUAUAAAUUGUCAAGGAACAAGAGUGUGAGCAGAAGGAUUUUAAAAAAUCGUGGAUUCAAGAUUGACCCGCACGAGUGUUACACGAACCGUAGCUACGAUCGAAGGAUUUAGCAAUACUCAUGAAUGGUACGUACAUGAUAAUCAUCUGGAAAAUUGCGAAGAAAUGGGAGAAGAGACCGUCUUAAUCUCUCAAGGAUACAGCUUUUUGCAGUCAUUCUCUUUAUGCGAUUUAUUAGGAGUGGUCAGCAUUCCGGUGGAGCGUAAAGAUCAGCGAACUUGCCAUGAAUUAAGAUCAGUUCAAAAAAUGGAUGUCGCCAAGGGCACAACGGAGGACUUUGUGACGGUGGUCAGCGUCGGCAGUCAGCCGAUGUCGGAAAGUUUCGUGACCGUUCUGUCGAUCGGCAAUAGAAAGAAAGACGAUGACGAGUCGGCGGCGGCGAGCAAAAAUCUAUUGAACGGCAUGGACGGGCAUCUCGAGGAGGAAGUCGAGGUUUUCAGACUGCCCGGGGAACGUUUGGGCUUUGGGCUCAAAUUCGAAGGCGGUAACAAGACUGCCGAGAGAGUUAGAAGACUGUUCGUGCAGAGCUGCGCGGAGCAAAGUCCAGCCAGCAGAGCGAAAUGUUCGUGGGGCACCUUAGGCGAAGGAGACGAGGUACUUUCGAUCGACGGUAUACCGGUGACACACAUGACCCGACUGGAUUGCGUGAGAAGACUGAAGGAGUCGCAAUUGGUCAUCCGGUUGAUGGUGAGGUGCCGCGGCGCUCUUCGACCGGAAGUGGUGAGCGCCGAGAGAAAAAUCGAAAGGAGCAAAGUGCCUCCGGAAUUACCCGCAGCACCGCCGCCCGUACCACCGAGAAAGCUGAGGCAGCCCCGAGGACCCGCGGACGGCGAGGCGAAUCCCAGUCCUAUCAAGAAAUGGGACAAUUCGAAAUUGCAGAACGGAUCGCAGAAUGGACCGCAAAAUGGUGCGCAGAACGGCUCGUCGAUUUCGCUGGUUGGAUUACAGUGCGUGACCAAAGUAAACUCGUAUGAGGAGAGCCUGAAGGAAUCGCCAAAGGACCGUUCGCCAGAGUUCGUGAAAUCGAAGCAGGAACCGCCGGAAGCAAUGGUUUAUCUGGACGCGCGAUCACAAUGCGGCUCCACGCAUGGCAGCACGUCCGACGAUACCGGCAGCUCCAUGUCCACUGUGGUGGACAGAUUUUCGACGUCCGAUCGCGUGUCAACAAUCUCUACGACGUCCACGGCGUCAACCACUGGUUCCGAACAGCCGAGCGAAUUCUCGGGCGUCGAUCGAGACUUCGACCGAUCGUCCGAUCGAGACGUGCUCCUGUCGCGUGCGAUCUGCCCACUCGAGCAACUCGAGCGGGACUUCUCGAAUCCGCCAGAUUACCUGCUCCGCCGUCUCGCCAAUUCUGAGGCGGUGACGCACGUGGAGUCGCGCGGCGAAGUCGAACGGAUUACAGCGGUCGUCGCACCGAACACGGUGUUGAUCGAGGAAACGAUCACUCUUCAGCCGCCACUCAGCUUUCAGGACGCCCCGCUGAGUUACGGACAUGAGACCAGGCCGGAUCUCUUCUACACGGCCGACCUGGCCGCCGACUCGACGACACAUUUCAGGCCAAUUAAGGAUGACGUGGAGCUCGUGGAGCGCGUCAACGGCAACCACGAGGAAUUCCGCGAAGCGACCUGCGUUUCCGGCACGGGAAGAAGCAACAGCGACAGGUCGUCCCCGCCGCCGUUGCCGGCUAGAAAUCACGUUAAUAGGAUCUGCGUAAACCAGAUGCAGACGAGCGAAACUGGAAACGAGGCGCGUCCACGAAUCACCGCAACGGUGCCUGUCUCAUCCGAAAGAGACCUUUCGGAAGCUCCUCUAUUGCCACCGAAACCGUUACCGAGAAAAGACGUUAAGGCUAGGCGGAAGAGACCGCCUCCGCCGCCACCACCGCCAAUUAUAACACCGCGAAGAGAAAUUAAGCCUUCGUCGUUGAUCGAAUCCAAUCACGUAACGGAGAAAGAGACCGAGAACCUUUCGCAAAUCAACAGCACAGAACACGUUCAACCAGAAAUAUGUCUUUCGUUGCCAAAUAAAAAUAACAUCCUUGAUGAAAAGAGUAGAAGACUGAAAAGUUCAGAUGGAAAUCAUGAUAAAGAAUCUGACAUGAAGACCGGUUGCCUUGACAACGAGAAAGAUAAAGCUGCAAGUUUGGGAGAAGACGCGCUAACGAACAAAGUUUUUGAGAUUAUCGAAAUCAGAAUGGCUAAAGGUUUGCAGUCUGAGCAGAAGGAGGAAAUUGCAAAAAAUAAACCGAAUAACGCAACAGAAACUGUGAAUUGCGAGCAAAAUAAAGUUAAGAACGAAGCAAUUAAUGGAAACGAACAAGAUCAAUUGCAGGCUGCGAAUAAUUCGAAUAAAGUUUCACCGGAUGAAAACCUAAACUUGGAAUCAACCGACAAGCGCACUGAGGAUUCAAACACCGAAAAAGAAAAAUGUAUAGACACGGAAAAUUGUUAUCAAGAAGAAACUAAGAUAAAUGAUACUUUUAAGAAGGAGGAACUAUUUCUUUCAACCGAGGAAAAUAUCUUGUCGAUUGAUAAUUCUAUGGUGCGAGCGAAUGAGAACGAUGAAACUUAUCAAUCGCUCGACGUGGUGAAUGACGACAUAAAGAAUCGGGAAAUAAAUCGAAUGCUAGACAAUGAGGAAGAAGACACUACCGAUGAAAGCGACGACGGCGAUUAUUACUGGCAAAGUAAUCUCGCUACCAUCGGCGAAGAGGAGGAAACUUCCUUGGAAUACAUGAAUGCCAACGCAGACGUUGAAAAUAAUUCCAGCGAGCUGACGGUGGAGCCGGAAGAAUCGCCUCCUGCAAUCAAGAAAGAUGUGUUCGUUAAAAACGCGAGAUUGGCUGAGAAGAGGACAGACACUUCGUUCGUCGAGUCGGGUCAGGCGUGCUUGAAAGGAUCUACUAUGUGUCCACGUAGGCAUAUCGGAUGCAAGAUCCAAGAUCCGAGAGACGACAUUCCGUUGCGGCAAACCCGGAAGCGCUAUACGCGUGCACCAACGUCAAUAUAA